UCAGAUUCUCUGUGCACUCACACAGCAUCAUGUCUACUAUGAUGAGUGGCUUACUGAACAUGGCGAGUGUGGCGGAUUUCGAGGCGCUCGCGGCGGCGAUUCCCGCCACUAAAGUUGAGAUCACCGUGUCGUGCAGAAACCUCUUGGAUAGAGACACUUUUUCAAAAUCUGACCCAAUUUGUGUGCUGUUUACCCAAACGGUGGCAAGCAGGGAGUGGAGAGAGUUUGGCAGAACAGAAGUGAUUGACAACACCCUGAAUCCAGACUUUGUGCACAAAUUCAUCUUAGACUACUUUUUUGAAGAAAGACAAAACUUACGCUUUGACCUGUAUGAUCUUGACUCAAAGAGUGAAAACCUCUCUAAACAUGACUUCUUGGGUCAGAUGUACUGUACUCUGGGAGAGAUGGUGGGAUCUCUGGGCAGUCGAAUGGAAAGACCACUCACAGGUAUUCCUGGCAAGAACUGCGGGGCCAUUAUUGUGAAAGCAGAGGAACUUGGAAAUUGCAGGGAGUCAGUUUUAAUGCAGUUUUGUGGCAACAAACUGGACAAGAAAGAUUUCUUCGGGAAGUCAGACCCUUUCCUGGCCUUUUACCGUACCAAUGAAGAUGGGACAUUUACCAUCUGCCAUAAAACAGAGGUGGUCAAGAACACGCUGGACCCUGUGUGGCAGGCCUUCAAGAUCCCCGUCAGAGCGCUGUGUAGUGGGGAUUAUGACAGAGCAAUAAAAAUCGAGGUGUAUGACUGGGACAGAGAUGGCGGUCAUGACUACAUCGGGGAGUUCUCCACCAGCUACAGGGAACUGUCUAAGGGCCACUCUCACUUCACUGUGUGGGAGGUGCUGAACCCCAAGAAGAAGAAAAAGAAGAAAAAAUAUCUCAACUCAGGAACCGUCACCCUGCUGUCCUGCUUCAUUGAUGUUGAGGUCACGUUCCUGGACUACAUCAAAGGAGGCACUCAAAUCAAUUUUACGGUGGCAAUUGAUUUUACGGCAUCAAACGGUAACCCAUCUCAGCCAACCUCUCUGCAUUACAUGAGCCCGUAUCAUCUGAAUGCAUACGCGCUGGCCCUGAGAGCUGUGGGGGAGAUUAUUCAGGACUAUGACAGUGAUAAGAUGUUCCCUGCACUGGGGUUUGGUGCAAAACUGCCUCCAGACGGUCGAGUGUCUCACGAAUUCCCCCUGAACGGGAAUCGCGAUAAUCCAUACUGCAGCGGUAUUGAUGGAGUUCUUGAUGCGUAUUAUCAGAGUCUGAAGUCUGUUCGCCUGUACGGACCGACAUACUUCUCACCUGUCAUUAAUCACGUGGCACGAUAUGCCUCAUUGGUGAAAGACGGAUCAGAAUACUUCAUUCUUCUCAUCAUCUCUGACGGGGUCAUCUCUGACAUGGCUCAGACUAAAGAGUCUAUUGUGAACGCCUCUAGUCUUCCCAUGUCAAUUAUAAUCGUUGGAGUCGGGCCGGCAGAGUUUGAUGAGAUGAUUGAACUGGACGGAGAUGAAGUCAGGAUAUCAUCCAGGGGACGCUUUGCAGAGAGAGACAUUGUACAGUUUGUACCUUUCCGAGACUAUAUCGAUCGCAGGGGUAAUCACAUUCUAAGCAUGGCCCGCCUGGCGAAGGACGUCCUGGCAGAAAUCCCAGAUCAGUUCCUGCAGUACGUGAGGAGCAGAGGCAUCAAACCGCAGGCAGCGCCCAACUGCAUCUCCUCAAAACCUCCAUCGACACUCGUUCCCUCUGUCCACUCGCUCCAGACGCAGAUCUGAGCGACCGCACAAACAAUGCGUCCUCCAUUCGGGUAACUGUCGCUCUCAGGAUCACACAUGGUUUUCCGAGAGAAUCCCACAGGUUGUCUCUCCGGUAUCCUUUGAGAAGUCUUCACCAGGUACCAUCUUUCUUCAGCCGUGCUGAGCUUUCAGAAGGUGUUUCGGACUGUGUUAAUCUAUCGAGUGGCCUCUUCAGUCAAACACGACUUCACAGUGUCUCACAUACAUGAUGUUGUUUUGUCGGGCAACCUUCAAGCAAAUGUUUACAAUCGUACCAUUUUUUACAUGGAUGGAUGUUUUUGUAUCUCAUGAGAACUUAAGCUACCUAAGCGCUGAGCUGCUUAACACUGGAAUUAUCGCUCAUUUUCUUACAUGAUGUAAAUAGUGUGAGAUUCUACGAAACGCAUGAAUACAUUGUGGGUGCGAAAGUGGGAGAGGAAUGCGUUGGCCUUGGUUUACAUUUUGUUGUAAAGUGUUCACUUCAUGUUACUUUUCAAGUAUUCUUGGUUGCUCGACCGCCUCAAAUUGUAAAGAAUUUGUGCUCAGCUUUCACAUUACAAGCACAACACAGAGACUCGACAGAAAAAGCCUUACUCUCCAUUACAACGAAUAAUUUACACAAAAUAAACAUUUGGCCGUCAUUUUCUCACCUCAACGUCUGUGACAACCCAUGUGAUUUAAGUAUUUAGGAUUUCUCAUAUUAGGAUUUUGUUAGGGAACUUAUUUUGUUUUUCUACAGAUAAAAUGGGUUUGAAAUGAUGUAAGGGGGAGUAAAUAUGACCAAAUUGUUAUUUUUGUGUCAGUUAUUCCUUUAAACACAGAACUGUAGCUGCUCUCAAUAUCCGUAUCUGAGCACAGAAAUACAAGCACAGACACAGCACAUGAUGUAAACAUGCUGGGGACCACAUGAUUUAUUUGUGUUUGUCAUUGUUUAUCUUGAAUGCACUUCGGAGCCACAUAUGUGUUUUAAAGAAGACUUGUUAAUUGGGUCAUUCUACAAACGUGACGACAAAAGUUGUUACUCACAAAUAGGUGACAAGACAUCAAACUGCAUGUUAACAAUUUCGAUAGAAUAUCAUAUAUUUCACAAUAUAGAUGGUUAAUAUGCUAAAUAAUCUAUUUGAACAAAGGAAUGUUUGUUAAUAUUUUUGUAAUCAAUGUGUAAGAGUAUGAAUGAUCUAUAAUAUUUUCAAUAAUCUCGAUUUUAUAAUUCGCUCGCAUGAAAAUAUGCAUGUCACUCAUAAUGCCUUUUAUUGUUUCAAAAAGUUGAAAUAGGUCAAAAUGAUUUCCGACAAUAUUUUAUGAUGAUGGUACAACUGCAGUACAAAACAUGAAAAUACAAAAAUUACUCAUUAUUUAAUUUAACACUAAUUGAUAUAAUAAAAUACUUAUAUAAUUCUUACAAUUUAAGAAAAGUAUUGGAUUUUUUAGAUUAUUUUAACCAUUAUUUGUAGAAUGACCUAAUUAAAUGGCAUCAAAGGAUAUCUUGUGUGAGACCAAACUAAAAUAUAUAUAAUAACUAAAUUUAUUUUUUAGUAUACAACUCAUUGGGUCUCAUUCAUGAAACAUUCGUAAAAAAUUUUGUGAUAUGCGACUUCACGAAGACUGUCCACCGGAUUCACAAAUACUUGGCAAACGAUGUAAAACAUCGUGUAUGUAAAUGAAUACCAAUCAUUUGUAAAUAAGGCAUGCAUGCAUGCUCAUUCAUAAUAAGCAUAAUCCCCAACUAUGAAUUACAGCUAAACAAAUUACGUAUCUAGUAAUGCUGUGCAACUUUUAGCCAGCUGAAAUAAUGCCUGGUGCUCUUCUGAAAAUAACCACCUGGCGGCCCUUGAGAGCGCUUUGGAUGCACUGCACGCUUUUCAGCGACAUUUGUUGCGAUGAUUGUUAGGAAUAUCCACAGCAGUAACAUGUUAGGAGUAUCUUAUUUUGAAGAUUAUUAAUUAAUAUUAAAUGCAAUAAGGAGCAAUGUUAACUUCUCCAUUGUUGUGUUGUACACGUGGGAUGGUUGGUCAAUGUACUGGUCGUUCCGCAUCUCCUACAAUGUGAUUGGACAGCUUUGUUAAAAGGGACAUAUGGAGGCUCAGAGAUUACAUAUUUUUGUAUGCAAAACCCGGACAUUUUUGAAUGGGUUUUUGGUAAAUCGCCUGAAAAUAGGUCUGUGGGUAAAGGUGCAGUUUGUAACAAUUUUGCACUCUAAAAUAUCCCAAAACCUCUAGGCUAGUGUUAUAUAUUUUGUUCAGCUGAGUAGUUACAAUAUUUCUAUGUUUCCAACUACUUGUAAAUUGUGAGAAAAUAGCCAUUCUAUACAGUGACACAGAGCUGUGCAUUCAUAUCCACGUUGCCAUUUCUUACCGCCUUUACUGACGUAGAAACCGCAUGACAACAGUGUCGUUGACAAAUGCGGAAGAAGUGUAUAGCGUUUAGCUAGCCACAAGCUUGUAUCGAGCAUUCACUUAUUUAUGGAACACAAGUAUACACAACAUUUAAAAACUUUAUAAGUUUAUCUCAUCAUCUAACAUGAUUCCUUGUUCCCGUCUGAUUGAUGACCAUCAGUUGAAGACAACAGAUCCCAUAAUUCCACGCUCCUUCACAGCGUCAUCAAGCUACGCCAUUGUUGUCGUUUUGAUCGCGUGCCCUCUAGCGGUGGUUUUUACAAACUAUUGCUUUAUUAAAACUUCUAAAUAUUUUCACGUUUCACGACAAACCUUUGGUUAUCACAGAGCUUGUUUUUUGCAAUGUUCCAAAAGUCUAUGGGGAAAAUGCAUAGGCUUUCAGUCGAGGGAACCAGCGCAGUGCUUACUUCCGGGCUAGCCUACAAAAAUACUCAUCCAGUCAUCUCUAAAGUGCUGGAUUAAUGAGGUCUGCUAAAAAAUGGGAAAAAAGACAGGCCAAAGGAACUCGUGGAAUAUCAUUGCAAUGCAUUUUUAUAAAUCAGAAAAUUUACGUAUGAUUUACACAAAAAUUCGUCCUGCUCGUGUUUCAUGAAUGAGGCCCUUUUUCUGUUGAUAGUUCAGAUGUCCAGAACCAAACAUAUACUGUCUGUCAUUUAAACGUAAAUAUAACGUACAGACCACACUCAAGAUGAUUCACGAGUGUUAUGAGCACACAUCAGAAGAGUUCAGAUAUUUAAUCAAGAAAAUAUUGGAUUGAACCCUCAGUCUAGCAGCCCUCAGUGUGCAGACUUCAUUUAUUUAACAUGACAGCGUGUCAACCUCCAACUUCCACCCACACUCGCUCACAUCCAUACCAAAUUAUCUUUAUAAAUCAUGCAGAAAACAUGCAUCAAAUUUUAACCUCUUAUGGGAUAGAUAUGUUUGAGUCUUUCCAUAUAUGAUGAGUGAAUACUGCAGUCUUCCUCAUUUAUGCCCAAAUCAAACACAAACUAUUACACAGGUAGAAUAGUACUUUUGUAGAAUAUUUGAAGAAAAUUCAUAUCUUGACCUUGUGCUAGUGACAUUUAAAUUUCAUCUGAUACGUAUUUCAAUGAAACACAUGCAGCUAAUAUAGAUAACAUAUAAUUAUAAUAAUACUGUAAAUUGUUAUAUUAUAUUAUAUAUUUAUGUUUCAUGUUGACCUAAAAGGGAAAGUUCCCCCACCCCAAAAAGUCUAUCAUCAGUUAAGCAUCCUUAUGUCAUUCCAAACCUGUAUGACUUUCUUUUUAGUGAUGGCCAGGCUUUUAACAACAUAAGGGUCAAUAAAUGAUGACAGAUUUAUUGUUUGGGGUGAACGAAGUCUAAUAAAGUUUUAGUUUUUUAGAUAGAAGAUUUACUCAUUAUUUGACUGCAUGGCUAUUAAAUUGUUUACAAGUAACAGAUAUUGUGCAUUUUAGCUCAGGUGUGACACCUCAUAUGUGAAUUAACUGGUGACAGGUAACAAUGUUGCUUAGUAGUCAUUCUUAGGGCCAGUUUCCUUGCACUAUAUAACUCAUGACGCGCCUCAGAAGUUUGUUAAACUGUGAUUAAACGGACUAUGACAUGAUAUUUGGUUUUAUUUUGUCUGCUGGGGUAAAAUUAUAAUAUUACAAUGGUUUUUUUGCCUAAAACAUUUUCACCUUUUUGGUUUGUUUUAAUCCUGUCUAUAUAAAGUCUGAUUGGUGUUUCCCCUUAGAGAGUACGUUUACACAACAACAAUGGAGUAGAAAAUGGAAAAGUUUCUCCUUUGCGUUUUAUAAAAGCUUCACGUACAUACGACACUGCUGUCAAGACGAUCUGUGUUUACUUGGAUCCGCAGGAACGAGUAAAACAUUGUAUUGCACAUGCCAGCCCAGUGGGUGUCGCUUUGUGAAGAAACACUACGUGCCUGCGCACAUGCGAAACUGCAAAAGUUUGUAAUCGCCCACUUCUAUGAUUGACAGCUGUUGUUGAGAGACAUGCUGGUGGAUAACUGCAUCUUGUACAUGCAGGUUUUCAAACUUUCUUUUUAAGCACAUUAUGUGUUAAUUCAUGUCACAGACACUUCAACAAUUGCACUGGUACAAAGUUUUUACGAUGAAUGAAAAACACAGUAAAUGAAUCACUAUCAAUUGCAUCGUUCUCUAUUGUGUGCACAAUAAAAGCCCAUCUUAAAACGUUGAAUUUACUGAAAAAACCAAAAUUAGCACAGAUUAUUAUGUAUAAUAUCAUAAGGUAAAAAGAUGUGUUAUCUUGCUGUAGGCAGGUUAUAUAAAACGAAUCUACCUUGUAUCCAGCCAUUUUGCUUUUUUCAAGGGAACUAUUACAUAAAUGCUUGUGUUAUUGAAGAGGAGGAUGUUUUAAGAUAUAAAACUUACAGGAUGUGUUAAUAAUAUAAUUGAUAUGUGUCAAAAGAUCAAAGAAAAUGUUAUCCCUCAUGUCAUGACCCCUUUAAAAUGUUUUAUACUGUGAUCUCACAGGUAUGGCAGAAUGGAAAGUUUACAUCUCAAAAUGUUGGCCAACUUUGUGUAAAAACUGCUGAAGUAAACUAGCAGUUUUGAAAUAUUCAUAUAACAUGAACAGAGAUAUUGUUUACCUUUGUUAAUGAUGAAUUCACAGUUGAACUCUGCAUCAUGUUUGCCUGCAGCAUGUGCAGUAUUUUGAAAAGCAUUUGUUGUUUGUUUGCUUAUAAAGUAUACACUUUGCCUUAUAUUAUUUACUUCAAAUUUACUAUAUUGAAUUGUAGCAUCAUACAUCUUUUUAAAGUACUUUUUGUCUGCAUUGUGUUUAGAUUAAAGUGAUUAUAAUGUUUGUGCAGUGAAUGGCCUGUUAUCAUGCAUGCAGGUGCUGUUAUAUCAGUGUAGUUUGGCAUUGAAUGCACUCAAGUAACCUGUAGCACUUUUUUAAUUGAAGGGAAUUAAACAUUUACAAGUUUAUUAUGUUGCUUGAGAUCAAUCACUGACUUUGAAGCACAUCAAAAUGACCCGACAAAGUUUAAAGUAUGAUGUAAUUUCAUAUUUCUUUAUCAUGACAGAAACUAGUAUUUAUGCUAUACUAUAAUAUGAUUACCAACAUGAUUUGUAUUGACCUACCAGGUUAAAUCAACAACGAUUUGCAUUCUUUGAAGCGUGCUGUAAUGGCUGUUAUGACAAUUUAUGAAAUGAUGCC